AUGAACAAUAUUAUACCACAAGAAACAAGAAAAGAUAGUGAGAGUAGUUUUGUUACUAUUUCUUUAAACAGCUCAAUAUCAGAUGAUGACAAUUCAGACUUUAUGAUGAUUUAUCAUGCACCGCCUCAAUACGAUGUAGCUGUUUAUAUGAUAAUUGUGUUUAUUGUUUCAUUUGUUUCUAUUGCUGCAUGUGGGAUUAUAUACAUAGAAGAACAUACUGGAACAACCAAAAGUUAAGAAAUGCAUAAAUAUUUUGAUGCAACCAGAAA